AGUGGGUGUGGACUCAGGUUGUGCCGAAUGUCAGAUUUUCCUGUUUUGGUGAGCUGCCUUUAAGAAGAAAGCAAACCUACUGUGGGUACCAGAAAGGGCAAGAUGGCACACUCCUUCACCAAGGCAGAACUUGAUGUUUUCAAAGAGCUUUUCUCACACUUUGAUGUAGAUGGUGAUGGGACCAUCAGCACUAAGGAACUGAAGACAGUCUUAGGCUCCUUUGAAGACAUGAAACUCAAAUUUGCAGAAGAAAUUAUGGAUGAGAAGUUGGAUGCUAUGAUCAAAGAGAUUGACACAGAUGGAGACGGAAAAGUGAGCUAUGAAGAGUUUGUGAAGAUGCUGGAGAAGAAAUAGGGGCUCUCUGAGAUUGUCCUCAUUAGGUACUGAUUCAUAUUUUAUUUCC